CACCACGUGGCAGUUAAGCACAGCAGCGAAAAUGGUGGGCAUCUCCAAUCUUUUUGUUGCACUUUGCGUGAGCAGCCUGGCCUGCGCCGCACCUCUGUUGUGUAUUGGGAACCAGAAUGCAAACUUUCCAUUCGAGCCGCCAAGGGCGAACGCGAGCCGCUCGCCAUGUCCAGUACUCAACUCGCUCGCAAAUCAUGGUUUUCUCCCGCGUGAUGGCAGGAACAUCAGCCAGGACCAACUGAACUUCGCUUUCACCAUGGCGCUCAAUAUAGACGAGGCCGUGACAAUUAACCUUGCCAAGCCAACCUUCAACAUCUCGACCACAGGCAUCUCCGGGACGGUCAACCUAGAAGACAUGAAAAAGCACAACGUCAUCGAGCACGACGGCAGUCUCUCCCGCGCAGAUUCCAUAACUGGCGAUGCCAACAGCUUCAAUACCACCAUCUGGGACACAGUCAAGGCCCACUUUACCGGCCCGACGAUUGACAUUAAGACGAUGGCUACGGCGCGAGAAGACAGGAUCGCUGCCGCGGAGGCAGCCAACCCGGAGUUCUCUCUGACACCAGACCAGGUGAAGACCUCAUUCGCCGAGUCUGCCUUCAUCCUUGGAGUGCUCGGAAACGAUUUUGUCAACCCGCAGACGUCCACAAUUUUCAUGAACACUAUUUUCCAGCAAGAACGGUUUCCGUUUGGGGAGGGGUUCCAGACGUCCCCCACCAAGAUUACCGGCGAUCAGGUUGAUGGACUGGCUGCGCUUCUAAUGAAUGCUACUUGUAUUUGA